CAAUCCGACGAAGACGAUUCUCUUAAUGUGUAGCAUCUUGAACUUCGGCACCUGCCAAAGCAAAGAACUUGUUCUAUCGGACUACGUUACAAAUGCUCCCGACUUUUUCAUGGCGAAGGACGAUUCUUUUGACAUUGUGAUACUCUGCAGCGAAAGUACGUACUGCAAGUACAACAUCGACGUGGAAGGAAACGUUAUUUCUAAGCUGGAAUCUUGGUUGCACUAUGAUCCUCGACGUAAUUAUGAAGGCACGACUCUCCGUGUGCUAGUAACCGAUAAGAGGCGUAAACUCUACGUGACGAACACACUGGAUGGAUAUCUGAAAAGCAGUUUAGAGAAGUCUGACGAUUCGUGGGUGAUGCUAUUGCCAAUUUUGGAUGAUGAUCAGUACAACGUCUUAAAUGAUGAAGAUGAUCCCGAAUACGUGAAGAAUGCCGUGGCAUAUUCAACUGCUCAUGGGACGAUCGGCAUAGCUACAGCUGUCGACGAGACUUGUGUAAAAAUCUGGCAGUUUGAUGACAAGGGUUAUCUAAAAUUAAACGCAUCGAUUGAGCAUGAAUUUUUCGUGAAGUAUGUGAGAAUUUAUAAUUCAGCCGAUGGUAGAUUUGUCUUAUUGACCAUGGGUACGGAUAGAGGAAGGACGAUGGUUUUCGAUAACAAAUUUGACAAAUACUAUUUUACAAAAGUCGCUGCUGAUGGAAACAUCAUCGGAACAAUGCAGAAGACUGCAAAUCCUGAUGUGAAACUCAGCAGGGAUACGAAGGUUCAGCUGUUUAAAACCAAGUUAAUGAGUGUUGCGUAAACUUUGAAAACAUUGUCUAUUAUCAGAGUUGGAACAGUAAAAGAAGCAAGGCAGAUCGCUUGGUUAGGUGCUUUGAAGGCAGUGAUUUUUGUGAGAAAAGUAAUAUCUUUUGAUUCUUUAUUUUUCUUCAUUAUUUUGGAUUUAAAAUGCAGACCUAAAAUGGUCUUCUUUCUAUUAGCGGGAAAUAAUGAAUUCAUUGCUAUUGUCCGCGUUAGUAAACUCGAUUGUGAGAUAUUUAUGUACACAUGUAUACUACGAGGUGCUACGGCGGUUAACAUGGUGCCCCUACGUAUAGACACAAAAAACGCUGAAGUCAAUUGAUAAGCGGUUUUCUUAAUGUUCAUUAUUAGGAACUUCAUAAAAAAAAAAAUAGUAGGUGAGAUCGUUAAAAUAUAUAGGUCGUUCUUGUUUAGAUGAAAUGACAAACAUUAUGUACGAGAGGAAACAGGAAAAGUCAAUUUUAAGAUUUUCGGUCUUUUAUUGAUCAAAUUUCUAAACCUUACGAACAGCACAAAUACAUGAAUUGUUAAAAUAGAAUAUUUGCAGGCGUCCGUGAGGACAUGAAAUUUUUCGCAGUAUCGAUAGUGGAUGGGAGUCACGUGAAAUGCACUUGCUUUUUCGAUUUUUCGAUAAAAGAGAAAAAGCGUCGAGAGGAGGGCGAAGGAUAUAGGAAAUAAUGACGGGGUAAUUGAACGUCUGAUCUACUCGGUAUAAUCACUUUACACAUAUUGCACAAUUGAACGAGUUUUGUAUUUAUAUAUUUUUCAUUUGUCUUUCUCAAUAGCAUGCAUCCAUAACCACCAGAAUUUGUUGUUGUUGUUGUUGAUUUCUUCCUUAUGACUCGACUCCUUUUUUAUCGCUUUCCUUCGCGCUUCGGAACAUUUCUAUCGUUGGUUUUGUUUGCAUCGUCGUCACUUAAUAAAUGUGCGUUUGACAGUUUGACAACUUAUUAUUCGGUAGCUUCAAUCGGUACGCAGCAUACAAUCAAAAAUCGUUCGAUUAAGGGAACGCUGUCAGAAUUUACAAAUUGUCAUUGUACAAGAGUAAAGUGUUUUGUCUAAAUGUUUUAUGUGUAUGUAUGUACGCCUCAACGAAUGACAGAAAUGAUCAACAAAGAGAAUUUAUCGUUAUUUAUUUAUUACUCUUUUUAUUUUCAGGCGACGUAAAAAACAGUAAAACUGUAUGUAUAACACGAGUUCUCAUAUGUUUUUUAUUUUUAUGUUGCCCGUUCAAGGCAAUAUUGUUUUAUCUACAAAAUCAUUCUUAUGUUUUAUCACAAGUUUCAUUUUUUUUAAAUGCGUAUUUUUUGUAAAAUACGAUUUCUAAUCUAAAGAUUACUAGUAAGCGAUAACAAUCAUACAAGGGUGACUUUUUCCCUUAAUUGACGAUUUUGUGAUACGAAUUACGAUACAAGUAUAAUGUUAUUAAUAUGUAAAACAUAAAUUUAUUGAUAUGAUAAAAUGAAAAUUCUUAUAGUUAAAAUAAUACGUCAUACAGUACAUACAAUCUAUCGUCACAAGGUUUUAUUUAAAAUCUACCAUUGGACCAUUAAAAUCCUAACAGUUGAUUCCAUUGAUUUCAUUAGGAUAAGUCCUGCGAGAAUAAGAUCAUUAACAAUUAAGAAUUCAUUGCUUUGUAACAAAUUUGCCGCAUCUCAAAUAAAGCAUGAAACGAGCAAUAAAAAUAAUUAAAUUUACAUCAACCUGAUGAUCAAAAAUAAAAUGAUCAGUUAAUCGGAUUAAAUAUUUUUUUUUCGGUUAAGUUGUUAGUCAAUUACAACUUAGAACUUUUAGCAAAAUCGCCAAACGUUAUACAAUCUUUAUAAUUCGCGUGUAUAUAAUUUUUACAUCCUAAUCAGCCCUAUAUAAAAAUACAAUUUUGUAAUUGAAACGUAACCAAUUUUUCGUAAAAAAAAAAUAAUUAAUCGCAAAAGCAAUAAUACGUUCAAUCACUAAAUAACAGCGUAAAUUUCAUUAUUAAAAGUAAGUAAACACUUUGCCUAAGGUCCUUA